AUUUUAUGCACCUGAAACAUUGAGUCUUACCCUAUAGUAUAUUUAGAUUAAAAGCCUCAAGUGAAAUUAGCUGGCAGGAUCACUUUGAUUCAUUGAUGUUUAUAAGAAAAAAUAAAUUACAAGGGUCUGUGAAUGACAAAUUGGUGAUUGUUUCUAAAGCAUGUACAUUUUAUUCCAGUUUCUAACAGGAUGGCCUCCUCUUUUGUGAAGAAUCUCCUCCAGGUGAUCAGCAAACCUUUGUGGCAGCUGAACAGAAACUCAAUGCUCCAUUCGCCAUCUGUCUCCUCUGUGGUAUACAGAUGUUUGAGCACUGCAGUGACAAUGAAACCCAACAUUUGGCCAGGUCCGUAUGAGGUUGUCAGACCUGCCGCUGUCACAUUUCUUGGACCAAAUCAACUGCAAUCCGUGCAACAAAGCGUAGGAAUGAAAACAAAGACUGCCUUAAAGAAACGCUGCAAAGACUGUUUCUUUGUGCGUAGGCGAGGACACAUGUUUGUGUACUGCAAGACCCACCCCAGGCACAAACAAAGGCAAGGCUGACCUGAGAAGAUGGUGUGAGCCAAUUUAAUUUGAACUUUAAUUAUCACAAAUCACAAUGUGGAAAUUGAUGUAUAAGCAAUGUCGAAUUUUGUAAUUUCAUUAAAUAAAAACCUGUUAAGUC